AAAUGAGCCUUUUCGUAUUUCUUCACGAAAUUGCCGGGAAUGGUCAAGAGAUGUAGGGCCGGAGAUUCGCGUUGUUAAUGAAGCAGGUUUUUGAGUUAAAAUGGCUGCUGGGUUCGCAUCAAAGAUCUUUUAUGCUUCUGCAUUUGAUGGUAAUUCUGCUCUACGUAAGUGCCCUCCAAAACCAAGAUGUCAGGGGGAUCAAAGACACAUAGACGGUGGUGGCAAAGAAAAUCAUGAUGACCUAGAUUAAUUCUGGAGAGGGUUUAACAUGGUGUGGAACUUGUAAUGGCCUUUGGCUUUCUGGGAGUUCUUUCUUAAAAAUUGGAUCAUCCACUUGUUUGCUAGUGCAGUGAAUGCUGCCAGAUUGCAAAGAAAGUUGAAGUCUUAAG